AUUUCACUCUCACUGUCUCUUCGAGGUGAAAUGGCGCAGCAAGGAAUUCAGCUGGAUCAGGAAAAACUCUCCUGCUCGAUCUGUCUGGAUCUACUGAAGGAUCCGGUGACUAUUCCCUGUGGACACAGCUACUGUAUGAGCUGUAUUAAACGCUACUGGGAUGAAGAGGAUCAGAAGCAAAUCCACAGCUGCCCUCAGUGCAGACAGCUCCUUAUACCGAGGCCUGUCCUGGUGAAAAACACUGUGUUGGCAGAUUUAGUGGAGGAACUGAAGAAGACUGGACUCCAAGCUGCUCCUGCUGAUCGCUGCUAUGCCGGACCUGAAGAUGUGGCCUGUGAUUUCUGCACUGGGAGGAAGCUGAAAGCUGUCAAGUCCUGUCUGCAGUGUCUGGUCUCGUACUGUGAGCAGCACGUCCAGCCUCACUAUGAAUCCCCUGCCUUUGAAAAACACAAGCUGGUGGACCCCUCCAAGAAGCUCCAGGAGAACAUCUGUACUCGUCACAAUGAGGUGAUGAAGAUUUUCUGUCGCACUGAUCAGCAGUGUAUUUGUUAUCUGUGCUCCAUGGAUGAACAUAAAGGCCACGACACAGUCUCAGCUGCAGCAGAAAUGACUGAGAAGCAGAAAGAGCUCGGGGCGACUCGACAAAAGAUCCAGCAGGGAAUCCAGAACAGAGACAAAGGUGUGAAGGUGCUUCAGCAGGAGGUGGAGGCUAUCAAUCGCUCUGCUGAUAAAGCUGUGGAGGACAGCGAGAAGGUCUUCACAGAUCUGAUCCAUCUCAUUGAGAAAAGAAGCUCUGAUGUGAAGAAGGAAAUCAGAUCUCAGCAGAAAACUGAAGUCAGUCGAGUCAAAGAGCUUCAGGAGAAGCUGCAGCAGGAGAUCACUGAUCUGAGGAGGAAAGAUGCUGAGCUGGAGCAGCUCUCACACACAGGGGACCACACCCACUUUCUACAAAAUUACCCCUCAUUGUCACAUCUCACUGACUCUAAAGACUCAUCCAGGAUCAAUAUCUGUUCUGUGCGACACUUUGAGGAUGUGAGUGCAGCUGUAUCAGAGGUCAGAGAUAAACUACAGGACUUUUUUAGUGAUAUGUGGACCAAGAUCUCGCUGACAGUGAGAUCAGUGGAUGUUUUGCUGCCACAGGCAGAGCCCAAGACCAGAGUUGAAUUCUUUCAGUAUUCACGUCAAAUGACACUGGAUCCAAACACAGCAGGCAGUCGACUGACACUAUCUGAAGACAAGAGGAAAGUAACAGUAAUGCAAAGGAUAACGCUAAAGAGGUCAUUACUUGAGAGUCAACCAGGCUCACACAGUGACAUGUACAGGUAUCAGGUCCUGAGCAGAGAGAGCCUGACUGGACGAUGUUACUGGGAGGUGGAGAGGAAAGGUAAUGAAGUUUCAGUAGCAGUCACAUAUGCACAUAUGAGAAGACCAGUGCAUGAAAGUGUAUUUGGGAACAAUGACACAUCUUGGGCAGUUUAUUUUUUGAGUAAUAGAUAUGAAUUCAGACAUAACAACAUCAGAACUCCCAUCUGUGGUCCUCAAUCCACCAGAGUAGGAGUGUACCUGGAUCACAGUGCAGGUAUUCUGUCCUUCUACAGCAUCUCUGACACCAUGAUGACUCUUCUCCACAGAGUCCAGACCACAUUCACUCAGCCUCUCUAUGCUGGACUUAGCGCCUAUGGUUGUUUAUGCUCUGCUGCAUUGUGUGAACUCGAGUAGACAGGUGUCGUAUAAUGAGGCAAAGGCUGAGGAAUGUACUUUUAAUUUGUAAAUGUACUCUUCAUCUUAGUGACUCAGCUGUCUGUGCUGUGAUGUUUCUGCACUGAACUGUCAGUCAAACUGAGACUGCGACAUUGAGUUUCUGCAGAUAUAUAUAGUAUAUGUAUAUAAGAUGAAUAUCUAAUUAACAGAAUGUAUUAUUUUAGGUUUUUCUCUUAAAAUCCCUUAAGUGAAAUAAUAUCAAAGGAAAGUCCUUUCCUUAAAAAUAAAAAGGUUAACUGCAAAUGUAAUCAACAUUUCCCACCGAGCAUUUUUAGGUCUAUUAUACGUCUAAUAUACGUCUAAAUGUUCCUUAGACGUCUAAUCUAAAAUUGGUCUAUCAGGGAUAUAGAAAUGAAAGUUUUUUAGACGUCUAAAUCUCGACUAUAUCUAUACUAUACUGUAUAUCGCUCAACGGCUAUCAUUAUUAUUUUAGUUAAGUAUUUGGAGAUCAGUUAUGCACCUUACAGUUGUUUUUUUAAUUAAUAGUUAUCGAAUACUGGAUUAAAGUGCAACGUCUAAAUUCCGUCUAAAAAUAGACGGAAUCCAGACGGUUGAAAUUAGGUCUAAAAAAUAACUAGACGUCUAAUAUCCGUCUAUUGCUCAGUGGGUUAGUAAGACUCUUGUAGCUGACUGGAUGCACCAUCUGUCAGUCUACGACAAACAGAAGUAUUUCUUUUUCUCUUGGAUUUUUUUGGUGGACUGGAUGUCUUGAUGCCUUAAAUAAAGUUUUAUCUUAUACUCCCGACCUGAGAGAGGCAACAUGUGCUGCAAGACAUCCAGUACUUCUGUUUGACAGUGCAUCCAAUUGGUGAUGGUGAAUGUUUGUUCUGUUAAACAUUUUUGUGUUUUGUAAAAUAUUUUGUUUUGUGAAAUGUUGUGUUGUUUUCCGAAAUGUUAUAUUUUCCAAAAAGGUUGUGUUGUUUUCUGAAAUACUGUUUUGUUUUGUGAAAUGUUGUCGUGUUUUCCAAAAGGUGGUUGUGUUUUUUGAAAGGUUGUGUUUUUGUUUUCCAAAAUGUUGUUGUGUGUUGUUUUGUGAAAUUUUUUGUUUCCCAAAAGGGUUGUGUUGUUUUCUGAAAUGUUGUUGUGUUUUGUGAUGUUGUUUUCCAUUAUGUUAUUUUGUGAAAUGUUGUUUUGUUUUCUGAAUUGCUGUUUGACCCUCAGGGCCACUGUACAUGUGGAGGUUUGAUCAAGAUCACAAUAAAGACUGGAUUACACAAUCUAA